GGGGGAGGGGAGGAAGAUCCGGAGAAGGGCCCAUUUCCCAGGGAGGGAAAGUCGAGGGGUUGGGGAGAAAGAAAGGGGUCCCCUUCCUUCCCUGGGGAAGGAGGCGUAUUAGAUCCUGGGAAGGGAGCCUGGAAUUCGAGGCAGCUAAACCAAGGGAGAGGGGGAUCUGCCCCCCCCCAUGAAAGGGCAUGCCUCACCAGGCCCGCUGGGUGAACAGGAUUGGUACCCUGUCCUUCAGCUGAGGGGCAGGUGACCCCUAGUCAGAAAGGGAGGUGCCACAGACUCCGGAAGGUGCCCACCUCUGGCAGGGAAGUAAAAGGGAGAGUGCAAUAGGUUUCUUUGGGUGUGCAGGAAGCGCCCCCACCCCUGACAGUCCGUCAGCAGAGCAAGUCCAUGAGAGGAGCCCUCAUUCUCCGCCAAUGGAUUCCGGUUGACAACUGGUGAGGCACCGGCCCUGCUUUCUUCAUGCCCCUUCACCGCCCCCACCUGGAAAUAUGAUCAGCGCCCCAGAUGUGGUGGCGUUUACCAAAGAGGACGAGUACGAAGAAGAGGCAUACAGCGAGCCAGCCUUGCCUGAGGAAUACUCUGUUCCGCUCUUCCCUUUUGCCAGCCAUGGGGCCAACCCCUGGUCCAAGCUCUCAGGUGCCAAGUUCACCCGGGACUUCAUCCUUAUAUCCGAGUUCUCGGAGCAAGUGGGACCCCAGCCUUUGCUCACCAUCCCGGAUGAUGCCAAAGUUUCCGGCACCUUUGAUCUCAACUAUUUUUCCCUCCGCAUCAUGUCGGUGGACUACCAGGCUUCCUUUGUGGGGCACCCUCCUGGAUGCCCUUACCCAAAGCUGAACUUCGUGGAGGAUUCUAAAGUAGUGCUGGGUGAUUCCAAGGAAGGAGCUUUUGCUUACGUGCAUCACCUGACUCUCUAUGAUCUUGAAGCAAGAGGCUUUGUCCGGCCUUUCUGCAUGGCCUACAUUUCUGCCGAUGAGCACAAGAUUAUGCAGAUGUUUCAGGAACUCUCUGCGGAGUUCUCCAAAGCAUCAGAAUGCUUAAAGACUGGCAACCGAAAAGCUUUUGCGAAUGAACUGGAAAAGAAACUGAAAGACCUUGAUUACACUAGAACUGUUUUGCACAAUGAGACUGAAAUCCAGAAGAAAAACAAUGAGAAAGGAUACUAUACCACACAAGCCAUUGAGAAAGCCAAUGAACUGGCUAGUGUUGAAAAAUCUAUCAUUGAGCAUCAAGAUCUUUUAAAACAAAUCAGAUCAUAUCCUUACAGUAAGCUGAAAGAUUCUGAUUUUCACCCUUAUGAGCCAGAGUGUGUGACAGAGCAAGUUGAUGAUAGUUCCGAACAAGGAUUUACUACCUCGAAAUCUGACGAACCCAGUGAAACACACCUUUAUCCUCGCCUGUCCUCUUACACCCCAAAACUUAUCAAGGCAAAAUCUGCCAAGUGCUUUGACAAGAAACUCAAAACCCUUCAGGAACUGUGUGAUGUUUAUUUUUUCACCCAGACUCUAGAUCAGUUACAUCAAAUUGAGAAAACGUUCAGAGGUGACGUUUGCUACCUCUUGACCAAUCAGAUCAGCAGAGCACUUUUGCAGCAGCAAACUAUUACCAACUUCCUUUUUGAAGACAUGUUCCUUGUUGAUGAACGACCAUCUGAAAAGCAUUUAAAUGGCUACCAGGGACCUAACGUAGACAGCCCCAAUCCCAAAGGUUUGGAAGUCUGCCUUAUUCCUAAAACAUUAGUCAGCUUGGGAUCUUACAAAUCCAGUGUUGAGUCUGUGCCUAUAAAGAUGGAACAGGAGAUUGAAGACAUGCAGGAAGCAGAAGUCACUGACCCUGUUACUUAUGACCAGCACGACAAUCUUGAGUACCUCGAUGCAGAUCUUAAAGGAAGUGUUAGUAGUGGUGAAAGCAUUGAGGUUUUGGGGACGGAAAAGUCUGCUACUGCCCUGAGUCAAUCUGAAACCCAGGCAAGCAUGCCGCAAGCCCACCUGAGUCCACAAGUGGUGAGGAGCAAAGCUGUCAGCCGAAGGACCAUAAGUGAGGACAGCAUUGAGGUCCUCAGCACGUGUCCCUCAGAAGCUCUGAUUCCUGAUGACUUUAAAGCGAGCUACCCAAGUGCCAUUAAUGAAGAGCCUUAUGCAGAUGAAGAAGAUGAAGGUUUUCGCUUUAGCCCUGUUUUAAAUCCAGACAACACUGAAGGCAACCCUGAACCAGAAAACCUGCUCCCUGUGGACUCUGCCUGUUGCAUUGGAAAAGAGAGUCCAAAUUUUCUCGAGCCUCCGUCCAACAUGGUCCCCAAACAUUGCGAUGGUGACAGUGUGGUCAGUAUCCCGCCCCAGCCAUACCGACAAGGGGACCAGGGGUUUCACGUGAAUUUCACGGACUAUUCUUCCCACGAUGGCGUCUUGGGAGGCCUCCUCACCUACGAACUCGACCCACAUUAUCUCUCGAGCAGCAGAGAGACGAGUAAAAUGAGCCUGGACAAAUGCUCAGACUCCACAAGCUACAUCAGCAGCACAGCCUCCACCAGCUCGGACAGGACUCCUUCCCCUGCCCUUCCUGCUGGUCAUUUCGGAGAAAGGCACAAGAAGAAGUCGGGGCAAAAUGCACUGAGGUUCAUCCGGCAGUAUCCCUUUGCUCACCCUGCAAUAUAUUCGCUACUGAGCGGCAGGACUUUGAUAGUGCUGGGGGAAGACAAGACGAUUGUGGAGAAGCUCGUCACCGCACUCUCUCUUUUUGUUCCAAAUUGCGGUGCGUAUGCCAAGCCGGUGAAGCACUGGGCCACAUCUCCUUUGCACAUCACAGAUUUUCAGAAGUGGAAGCUGAUUGGAUUGCAGAGAGCAUCUUCUCCGUCGGGUGUCAACAUGAUGCACUCCCUCUGCCGCUACAGCCGCUACAUCAGUAUCCUGGAUGCCGACAGCAAGACUCUCCGCUGCCCGCAGUACAAAGGGACCCUGAUCCCCAGGCUUGCUGACCACCGCACGCAGAUCAAGCGGGGAAGCACGUACUUUAUGCACGUCCAGACCAUCCUGACCCAGCUGUGCUCCAAGGCCUUUCUGUACACCUUCUACCACGACCUGCACCUGCCCAUCAAAGAGGGGGAGACGGAGGAGUCCUUGGCAAACCGGCGGCUGAACUUCCUGAAAAUCCAGCUGGGGCUUGCAAACGAGGACAGCAAAGUGGUGCAGUACCUUGCCGAGCUCCUGAAACUGCAGUACGUUCAGGAUCCCGUCCGAGGGGUCAGCCCGGUCCUCAGGUUUGAUUACGUGCCCAGCUGCUUGUACAAAAUUUGAGUUGUGCCCAGCCUGCCCUGCUGCCUCCCCUCCUCGCCCGCCGGCUCACCUGUGGCCAUCUGCAGGCCUAGACGAUUCCGCGAUUGACACACUAGUCAUUGAGAACCCAUAGGACGAUAUGGAGGACCCCAGCGUGGCUAAGCCAACCUCAUUAGAAUGGGACUUCCUAAACCUCGGUCACACCUCUUUGGAAGAGGGGAAGUUCAUUAUCAUUUGCUGCUUAAAGUGGGGAGCGUGGGGUGUGUGUGUAGCAUCUUUAAGGAGCAGUUGGAUAUCUUGACUAUAGGGGAUUUGCAUGGCACAUGGUCGGUGCUGGGUACGUGUGAGUGGCACCAAAGACUUGUGCGCAUUUUUUAGAAACCACAGUGAGCCACAGAAACAUAUUUCAGAAGUGUAUGGGAGUGAAUUGUAGAAGGUGGAGGGGUUUUGUUUGUUUUUUAAGCUAAACAUAAGAAUUCAGCUGUUUCACAAUAGCCAGACGUUGACCCAUCUCUCGGGUCUUUUUGCACCAUCGGUGGUUGCAAUGACUCCUCGCAUUUGCAUCCCUGGGGAGUAGAGGGAGGCCCUCCUUGGCUCUUGAGGUCAGAGGUCUGGUGAAGGCCUUUUGAACCCUGGAAAAGCACAAGGGGGCCUUGGUGGGGUGUUAUGCUGAGCACUGUGUCUCUGUAGUCCGCUGCACCUUGGCUUGCCUCUCCCAGAGGGGAAAGGGACGCCCACAAAUCCUUAUAUCUGGCCCUGUUUCUGCAGUAUGGGGGAGAAUGUGAGGAAAGAUGGAGUGGGGAGGGUGUGCUUCGGACCCUGUCACACAGGCCAGUGCCAUUGCUCCCAAGAGGAGAGGUCUCUGGAAUUGCUCAGUGCCCUUAAACCUUAGCACUCAGGUGUCAUUGGGAUUGAAUGUACUGGAUUAGGCCUCCCCAUGCUUUGUUUGGUACAGCCAGCCCCUGGCGGGGAUGGGGGCCAGCGCUGGCAGGUGCAGCUUCCAAUUUGGCCUCACCCUUCCUGAACAUCCAGGCUUUGCAACCGUUUUACUACCUCUGCUGUCGCUGCGCAUUGGGGUGGUUGCCGGUCACGCAGCUUGGACUGGAUGUUGGGGCUCCUCCCGAGCCACACACUCUACCGGGUGCGAUCAGUUUUGAGCCUUUUAAGAAUCUGUCGUUACUCUGGUUGAAUCCGGUAGAGGUGGUUCCGCUUUAUUUCUUUCGUGCUGUGAAAACUUGAGGUCUCCGAUGAGGCCACAUCUCAUCUGCGUCUUCUCCCUAGCUGCAGAUAAGUACAGCAGCGGGAAAUUCCAAGCAGGCCGGCUGGCUGAUAAUUUUAGAGGCGGAGGAACGCCUUACUAGUUUUAUUUCCUUUUCUUUUUAAAAAGUUCUCUUUCUGUUCCCUGUGUGUCAGGAAGCUGGUGACAAGACACACGUUUUACAAGAGUAACUGGACUUGUGAUAUUUCAAAACCUCUGUUCAAUGCAAUUAUGUGUGACAGAGUUCUGGAACUGAAUGUACCACCGGAGGAAGCUUCAAGGGCGAGUGUCAAGUUUGGUGUUUUAAGAGUACUGGAAAACUUGAUGCAAAGCUGCACUUUGUGUGUGUGUGUGUGUGUGUGUGUGUGUGUGUGUAAUGCUGCACUUUUUAGUUCCUCAAGUAAUGGGUUGGUAGAGGCCAUCUGUACGACACUUUGCUGCUUUGUAUCAGAGAAAAAGGAUCUUGCAAACGGUACAAACCUUGCUUGAAUCUUGCCCUGACACUCCAUUGUUCUCAAAUAGGGCUGGGAAACCCAGCUACGUUGUCAGCCACGAUGGAGUUGCGGGCAAAGCUUUUCUACGAGAGCGGGUGGGGGUGGGGUGUCCCACCUUUUGAUGCAGACAGCCCCAUGGUGGCUUCACAGCAGCCAGGCUUCCAAGGCGUGGCCCCGCCUGUCCCUCAGCAAAGCAGGCAGAUAAAUUUCAAAGCUUUUCAGAGAGAAGAUAGCACCCCUGUGCUGCUUUCUACCUCUCCUCCCCCCCUCCAAAAAAGUCUAUUGGGUGGCUGUUCGUUCAUGAAGAUGGUGGAGGGAAAUCUGUUGUGCUUUGCAGUGAAAUCAUAGCAGCGUUAUGCAAGGACUCCCAAUAUCCAAGAUUUGGAAAAGGCCUUCCUCAGCAGAGUUGCUUUACCACAUCUGCAAGGCAAGGUAUCUCUUUAAAGGGUAGGACUCAAGAGUCAUGGGAACCGUGGGCCUAUCUCCCCAAAUGCUGUCAUUGAGUCUAGUUUUCCCCCUGUACAGUUUAGGAAUAUUUGCCCAUAUUGUGACAUCAUCACACUGGUUUCCUCCUUCCCCGUUGGUGGUUGGGAGCCACAGUAUAGUGAAUGUCUCUGGAUAUUUCAGAUAGUCAACCUAGCCAGUGGGAUGCCAUUGUUGGCACAUCUAGGUCAGUGUUCCCCAACCUCGUGCCCUCCAGAUGUUUUGGACUAUGGCUGCUAUAGCAGCCCGCGGUUGGGGAAGGCUGGUCUAUCCCAGGAAGCCUCUCCAAUUUUAGAUUCUUUGGGUCCUGGUUUGUCAACUCCAUUUGGCAGGCUUUUCUUCGACAUCUCCCUUAAUCUCAAGACCAAGCCUUCAUUUAUAGACUUUUCCUCCUUUGAUGGUGGGAGGCAACACUUUCCUGAAUUGCUAAAGGAAUGUGUGUGUCCCUCUGUGAAGAGGUAGCUUUUUCUUGCCUUCCUAAAAAGCCUAGUUUGCACAUUAGCCUUGUAUUCAGAUAUUUCUCCCGCCACCACUGCCAAUACAGAAAUGGACACCUGCAGUUUAUUUGGGAUAAUGGAGACACAAAAUCUCACAAGGUCUUCUAGGUGCCCAGGCUUGGGCCCACCAGAGACUUUUCUUCUGAUUUAGCUGAGCAAUGCCUUUCCAUCUGAACAUCUUAAGAAUUUGCCUUUUCAAAGCUUGCACUAUAAGCAGAAAUACAUGAAGGAUCCCUGAGGAACUGAUCUAGAUUCACAGUGGUCCUAUCUACUCUGCCCUUCAGACAGUGUUCAGGGCUUCGGCAUUGCUUAUUAUUUUUGCAGGUGCAAAAGGGACCUGUUACACUUGCAGGUAUGCCUGACAUCUUGCCUGAUGGAAGCAAGAUCUGUGAAUCACAAGGCUCUGGAAUCGGUCUUGGUGGUUCACGAGCAUGCCAUAGAUUGUAGUGUGGCACUGCUGACUUUUUUU